AUGGAUGACGUGUCUUUAAAGCAGAUGCAGACGGACGAUAAGGAACUCGAUAACCUCAUUUUUAGUGGUGAGACGGAGGAAGUUUCAACUAAGGAGAACCAACCACAGAGUCAUGACGGUGACUCGGAUAGCGACGAGUCGAAGUCGAUUAAGUCAAGCGAUCGCUCUUCAAUGAGCAAUGUACUGCCUGUAGAAAAACUCAAGAAUGGUGCUAGCACAGCCUCCAAGGUACUAGGCCAGACAUUCUCUAAGUUUAAGGAAAAGUCAGGAGCUGCAUUAGAAGCGGCUAAAUCUUCUAAUGCUGGUAAAACGAUUGCUGGAGGUCUGAACAGUGCUGCCAACGUAAGUCAGGAGAAAUAUGGCAAGCUGAAGGAGUCGGAUGCGUUUAAAAAGUCAUCAAAUCUUGCUAGUGGCGCAUAUGAACGGACGUCGCUUGUCGCCUCGGGUGCUUUGGAAAAAGCUCGUGCGGCAUCUACUACGGGAUUAGAGAAGGCCAAAACUACGGCGGCGGCUGGUAUCGAGACGAUAAAGUCGAAAACGGGCAGUAAGAAGGGUGGAGAGUAA